GUCUACUGAAGCUCCACUGGCAGAAAAUGGCUACGAUGUAGAACGAUUUAGUCACUUUGGAAAAAUGAAUGAGUCAAAACCAACGGUGAGCAUAAGAAACUCUUUAAGCUUCCUCGAUGGGAUAGCCGAAAAUGUUAUAGAGAUUUUACAAAUUACAUUAUUUUACUCAAACCUGAAUCCCUUAAUUUUUAUCUAGAAUGGUUGACAAUGAAGAAAACUGCCAUCGUAAUAUUUCAAGUCGACAAGAAAUGCUGAUAUGCGAACAUGUGCUCUUGGUAUCUUGGUGUUUGAAACCGCACCAUGUGUCUCUAAAACACAAAAUAGCAAUACUGCAGUAUGCCACCAAAGCGAUCUCCAGAACAUGCACUUCCUCCAUCAAAAAAAUUGUUGUUGUUAGCUAUUAAUAACAGUGAUUAAGUCAUCACAAUUAAGAUUGUAAGUUGUUUAAAUGAUCUAUUCACAACUUUCAAAUAUCAAAUCCAUUUACAUAAAAUUUGUAAUUUUUCACCUUUGCAGAAAGAAGGAGAGCUCAGAAAAUAUAAGAAUGUAUGGUCUGGCUGGGGAAGAAGAUACUUUAAAUUAGAAAGAAUGUAUCUACAUUAUUUUGAGUCUAAAUAUGUGAGUACCUUGAAUUAUUCAGUUCUCUGUUAUGGUAUGGAAACCUUUGGUUGUUAAUUUUAUAUUGUUGAUAAUGAAUUGUUUGUUUCCCAGUAUGGCCAAUGAACAAAAAUCAAUUUUGACUAUUUUUUAUGAAUAUUAAUUUUAUCUGUUAUUAAAUACAGUGUCAAUCAACAGUUUUAAAAAUUGCAAAUUGUUGAAAGGUGAUUGAGGGCUUGAAUUUUCACUUGAAUUUCAAAUAAUUUUACCAAUUUUUAUGUCUGGGCUUGGUCAAUCUAUGUGCUAGAACUAUAUUUGAUGCAGAAUCUCAUUAUUAUUGUUCCCUCUCUCUGGCAUUAAUGAGCUCUUUUCAAUUAUUUUAUUAGUAUCUUUACUUUUUAUAAGGGUGGUACAGGGGGAGAGGUUUCUGGCAAGGUUCAUGGCAGCAAAAACAGCAAAUCAAAGUUCAGAGAUCAGCGUCUUCAUUUUUUGCAAUAUGAUAAAAAUGAAAAGGGAAAGAAGAGAAAUUUGGCAGAGAAGACUGAAUCAAAAAAGGCAUCUCCUUUUUUUGUGAGUUUUCUGAUAUGCUUACUGGGUGAAAGAUUGACUUACUUGUUUACCAAUGUGAGGAUUGAAACCCCUUGAUCCAGUUUCAUUUAGAAAUUGAACUGCAGACCGGUCAAGACAUCAUUAUGGUCCCAUGAAGUUUGAGAUAUUGUUAUGAUAAUGAAAUGGAAACAAAUUUCCCUCUGUUUUACUAUCUGAACUCUUGGGACAGGCAAUUUAGUGGGCAGAAAAAUAAUGUUCCCUUACCUUGAUGGGACAAGAGACACUUUGUUUAGAAUUAAAUGGCAGUCAUGCUGAUGACAGCACUGCUUGCGUUUCAUGUCAUCAAAGUGGCUACACGAGAGACGGCUGAACAAUCUCAAACAACCUCAAUUCUAAGUGUUGAAUAUUUAGUGGGUCUUAUUUUUACGUAAAUUGCUUUCAGAUCUGUGCUAUGUAUUGAAAAAUUAUACCAUUUGCCUUGAAUAGAGCUCUGUGAUGCAGUUUGAGGCUGUGUUUAUCAGCUUUAUAAUUCACCAACCCGUUACAUCAAGCAGUAUUCCUGAGAGACUUAAACACAACCUUUGUUGAUUCCACCCAACAGGCUCCAACCCCUGUCAAUACAGUUACAAGAGGAGAUAUUGAUAAAGUAAAGUUAUCAGAUUCAUUUCCAGACAAAAAAAAUGUUUUUGAGGUUCACACAAAGUCAGGGAUAGUUUGGUACCUUCAGUGUGCCACACCGGUAGGCAUUCAUUGUUAUUACUGUCACCAUCAUUAUUGUCAUUAUAAAAUAUCUUUAAAUCUCCUGCUAUGAAAAUUUUGCAUCAAUGGCCACAUGUGGAUCAGAUUGUGUCUUUAAGUUUUGUGACUUUUUGUCACCACUGGAAGACAAAUUCGUAUGGACUGUUUAUUGUAUCAACAUUAGUGAUAUAUUUAAAUCAAAGGCAGUUCGAAAAUACAUUUCAAAAGCAUUGAACGCAGAGAUUACUGAACGUAAACAUAGCUCUCUAAUAUGCGUGAAGAGGGUAAGUAGUAGGCAAAAGUGUAACCCCUAAACUUCUGAGGACUCUUAGGAAAAUGGUAACUGCUAGUUUGGAUUAAAGUCAAACGUGUAAAUCAAGUGAGGCCAGGUAUGCUACCAUGAUUCAGUUUGCCGAGCUUUCGCCGAUCUACGGCAUCAUCACAUUCCCUGAGGAAAACUAAAUUUUCGUAGCAUACCUGGCCUCAUGAAUGAAGGCGGUAAGUUUCUAAAGAAACUGUGGUGCGGCGUCUGUGUGAGAGUAGAGCAGGUAAUGUUAUUGUUAACAACUGAGUUGAAAACGUAAAUUGGCCACCGUAAAGAAUAAAAAAGCUGACGUUUCGAGCGUUAACCCUUCGUCAGAGCGAUUGGAUGGAACCUGGCCUCUCUUGAUUUACACUGGCACGUCUGACUUUAUAAUACCAUGCUACUCAAGGACAACAUCCAACGCUUGAUAAAAGUUUGGAUUAUUUUUCACACACCCAUGGCAGCUUAGACAGUUAACUUUUCUAAGAAAAAGAUCAACUGGAACGUGAAUCAUUUUCUCUUUGUUCUAGCGAAGUUAUAAUUUUAGGUUUUAAUUUAAAUAAUCUCUAUCAUGUUUUUGUUCUAAUUUUGAUACUAUUUAGAUUGUAAGGCUAAGAAUACAUAACAGUGUCGAAGUUUUGUUAAUUUUUUUAGAGAUGAUGUGGUGUUUGCUUUAGUUCUUGCUAUGUUAGGGUAUGUGCCUCUCGUACCUGUGUAAUGUCUCCCAACCUUAGGUAUGUUUAGCUAACAUAUACUCUUAAACUACUUUGAGUUAAUGGUUGAUACUUUUAUCAGGAGGAGAUGUGGUCUUGGAUGACAGCUUUAAUGCCACAGCAUACUGAGUGCACAAAAGAGGACAAAGAGAAUCAAGGCCAGCAGGUGAGUGUGUGCUUGGCAGAUUUCACUCGAAUCGAAAAAUAUGAUAAUUUGAGAUUGAUCCCUGUUAGAGGCGCGGUGGUUUGGUAGGCGCUGAACUUCAGAUUGAUAGAUCAAGUUUCAAACCCCGACCGGUUCGCUGUGAUGUGGUCUCGCACCUCUCUCCAAAUCGAAUGUGUACUGGCAACCUUUCAGGAAUUUUGAUGAAUUACUGAGUGUUUAUUCGAUAUUAAAUUAUUUAGUCAAAGGACGGUGCGGGAAAAAAUUUUUGCGGACCUUAAAAAAAAAAGAGUGAUUGCUUUUAGACUCCUCCACGUGUCAUCACUCUACUUUAGUCUCUUUGGCCCCUACCAAAAGAAUUUCGAGAGGUUAGUUGCGGUACUCAAUGUCAUGCUAAAGUCAUACUACAGAAUUACCAGUCUUUUGGUUUCGAGAUAAUUUAAUUCUCUCUUUUUCGUUAAUGGAAAAUAGAUAUAUUAAGAGGGAAGGCUCUUAUCGUGGAAAGAGGCUUUUGAGGGUCUAAGAGAAAUCGGAGCCUUUUGUUUCGUGACAGAUUUGAAAAAUCAUGUGUCUACUUUUUUGUGGUGAGCUGACUCGCAUUUGAUCCUAACUUGCAGAAGAAACCAUCGAGGCUUACUUCCAGUCAAGUCGGUUCUUAAGCAGAAGAGAGAAUUAUCAGAAGGCGAUAAGGAGCCAACCUGGCACCGAUCAACUGAAAAGCGGAUUACUUCGGCGAAUAAUCAACUAAAAAUUACUUUAAACGAUUCAGAGACUGGAAAUAUCUUUUCGCAGCCUCCACUAAUUUCAUUCAAACGCGAUAAAAAACAUAGGCAACUUUUUGGUCAGAAGUCCAUUUCAAAGUAAUGACCAGUCUGGAACUUAUGCGUUUUCAUCAGGAUGCAAAACCCGUCCUUUCAUUCAUAAAGUAAAGAAAAUGUCGCAACCCAAGAUAUCCAUCAAAAUUACUGAUCACGUGUACCUACGCCAAUGUCAUCUACUGCAUAACUUGCGCUUACUGCAAGAAGUCGUAAGUGAAUAUGAAAGCGAUCUUCGCAGUAACGAACACUACUUGAGUAGUAGUGAGUACAAUGGUGAAACAGGAAGACGACUAGGUGACCGAUUCCGAGAACACCCUCGCGACGUAGAAAGACACGAUAAUAACACAUCCAAAUCAGUCGCUAGACACUUUAAUCUCCCUAAUCAUUCUAAGUAGCAUAUGACAGUUAGCGGCCUUUCACCAAAUCUCAGUGGUUCGGAAAGCCGCAACAUUCUAGAACGAAAAUUUAUCUUUCUUAAUCCCCACGGUAUCAACAAAUACUUUUCAUUCAACCAAUUUAUUCUUGUUUUUCUCUCUACCAUGUUCCCACCAAUGGCGUAGCUCCAUAUUCUACGAAUAAACACACACUACCCACAAUUCCUCCAUUCGCUCUGACGAAGGGCUAUCGCUCGAAACGUCAGCUUCGAAACUCUUAAUGGUGACCAAUUAACGUUAUCACCUCAUUUGAUAAUACAGAAUUACCUUUUUAUACUCUCCCACCGACGCAGCACUACAGUUUCUUCAGAAACUUUACCCCUUUAUCAAUUUUCCUAGAUCAUACUGUAUGCUCUAAUAUUGGCACGUGAAAUGAUUUCAGACUGCAGAGCCAGUGGAGCCGACAGCCCCUCCAGUGUCACGGCCUCCCCACCAAGGUCCUUACACCGGACCACUGCCUCAUAUUUACCCCGAUUUGUAUGGCCCAGGUUCGCCUUAUCACGAUCUAAGUGUUCAUGGUAAGAUAUCUCACUUUCUUAGACCGCAAAUACAGCGAAUGCAAAUCAAAUCAGACGAUCUUUGCCAUCAUAUCGGAUUCGCUCAUAGCCAUGAUCUAAAAACAUUAUAAGCUAUCUGUGUACGCUGUAGUUAUACUAUUCACAUUAUGACCAAGACCCUCUCUACUGAAUUAGGCCCCUAAGCGAAUUACGGUUAGAUCGCACCAUAGUUAGAUCGCUCCAACCAAAAGUUAGAUCGCUCUAUCAAAUAAGUGACUUCGCUCCCAACAUAAGUUACUUCGCUCCAUGUAAGGUAGACGUAGCAAAUGUAACGAGUCUAAAUUGAUAGUUCACUAAAUGGCGUGCAUAUCUUAUCAUAUCUUUGUAUAGGUAAUCAGAUGAUUUCGAGUGCAAUUUGCAAUAAAUAAGCACGAGUAAAUUUUUAAAGACUAACAAAUUUACACGAGCCCCACGGGCUCGUGCAAUUUGUGGUCUUUGAAAAAAUUAACAAGUGCUUAUUUAUUCCGAAUUGCACGAGAAAAAUCAUGUGAUUACUUAUUAAUAAUAUAAAUGAAAAAAUACGAGAUAGCUCAUCAUAAUUAUGCAGAAGCAAAGCGCGCGCAUCAAGUGCAAAAAUAAUUUGUUCAAACCGUGCGUUCGGUCAAAACAACCGUGUACGAUCAAAACAAAAAUAUACAAUGAUAUUUUCACAUCUUUGAGGUGCAAAAAAUUUCAAAGUCCGGUCAAACAAUUCAAGGAAUUGUUCAGUCUCUGUCACUUUCGAUGAAAUGGAAUCGUCGUUUCCGAGGUUUAACCAUGUAUGUUUUUAAUUUCGGCGUAGGAUCGCUCGAGGAAAGUGUUAAGCUGAGUCGGCUCGUAAUUCUCGAUUUCCUUAACAAUUCCCUUCUCUGAACACCAUUUUUUCCAAACCGACAACCAAAAAGCAGUGCUUUUUACAGUAUUUUCGUUGUUGGAGCUGUUUUUCAGUUGCUGUAUUGUUGUUUUGGUGGCAAAAUAAAACCUACUUGAAACGCCGGCCAUUGUUUCGCUCGCAAAUUUUCAGCGUAUCUGAAUGCUGCGACAUCCAAGGCUCGCAUUUGAUUCGCUAUCUGUGAGUCUCUUUGAUUUUUGACGAAUCAGAAUGUCUGGUUUGUUACUUCUUUACACUGCACUAACCCUCUUCUGAACUGAAUUACCUAAAAACUACAUUUAUCUUAACCAAUCAGAACUGAGUAAUUUUUUCAUGUAUCUUCUUAGAAUUCUAUUAAUCAGAUUAUAAAGUUAUAAUUUAUUCCACGAUAAUUUAUUCCAUCAUCGCUAUACAUCAUACAUCGGUAGCUCGGUGACUAAUCUGAAGGACUGAGUGAAUACGAUGUACUCGAAUCGUCGCAAGACACAUCAUCACCUAUAAACUUUAAAGAUCAUUGGUAUAUAAUACUUCACUUAAUAACAUGGAGCGGAGUAACUUAUUUUGGUAGCGAAGUAACUUACUUGAUGGAGCGAUCUAACUUUCGAGUUGAGCGAUCUAAAUAGGAGCGAUCUAACCGUGGUGCGAUCUAACCGGGUACCCCUAAGCGUACGUUGUUUUGAAACUAUCAUUUUGGUCCUAAUUCUUUCUCGAUUGAAGUUGAAGUCUGUUGUAUUACAAGAUGUGCUGGUGAACCUUAAUUUAAGUAAGGUAAUUUAAGUAAUUUCAUGACUGCAGGUGGAACAGAACACAGCCCGCCACCCUCUUAUGAGGAGACUUUACGUUCUUCGCCUAGCUUUCUGGAAAAGUCAAGUUAAAACGGGGUUUUCUAAUGCGGAUUAGAAUGAUUAACGCCUCCAGAUGUCCAUAUUUUCACAAACACCCGAGUACAUUUGUCAUUAAUUGCUCAUUGUCUUAGUCAAGAAGAAGCCGCUCUCCGGGUAACUUGACUCGCAGUUUUGGUACGCCGUACGUUGAAUUUUUUCUACAGCGUCGUAAAGUGCGUCGCAAACUUGCGGUAAUUAUUGAUGAUGGAAGACGGACCUGAUUUUACUCUAUCUAAUAGUUGUUGCUCUCCGUAAACUAUACGCUAGGCCUGUUCAAUUUAGACGGUAUUAUACUGGCAAAUUGCUUUGACAUUAUCAGAAAACAACAGUGGAGGAAAAAAACAUCUGACUCGAUUGUGGAUGGAUCACAGUUAAGUGAUCUGAAGCUUUCUUUAUGAAGUUUAGAUUGCUAAAAGGUCGUGUUCACAUCAACUUGAUUUUACGGA